UUAGACUCUAGACUACAUCUUUAGACGCGGGUGUAUAUCUAAAUGAUAUUUAGACCAACUUUGAGAUGUAGAUAUAGGCUCCAUAGAUUCUACAAUCUAGAUAUGGACUCUAGAUCUAGAUCUAUUAUAAUCUAUAAUAGUUACGACAUACGAUGUCCUAUUUAUUAUUCACUGAUAGAUCUACAACUUCCGUUUUCAGUAUUUGUUUAUCUUUUUUUCGCCUUUCGCAAACUUGACUCAGCUGAAAGUAUUUAAUCUAGAAUAGAUCUAGAUCUAGAUCAACAUUUAUUAGAUCUAGAUCUACAUAGACUAUUCAACUAGUCUAGAUUUACUGGCGGAACUAGGUCUAGAUCUACAGAAUCUAGAUCUUAUUAUCGAACAAUGCCUACAGAGAAAAAAUGUGUUGUUGUAACAGGAUUUGGUCCAUUCAAAGGCCACACAGUUAAUUCCAGUUGGGUCUCAGUACAAGAACUCUAUAAGAUUGGGCUCGGAUUGGAUCAUAUAGAGCUCAUCAUUUUUGAAAUUCCAGUUAUAUAUGAUUAUGUUAAACAAAUUAUUCCUGAAUUGUGGACAAAAUAUAACCCUGUGCUGAUGGUUCAUGUUGGUGUCUCUGGAGUGGCUACUGAAAUAACCCUGGAACAGAGAGCCCACAAUGAUGGCUACACUAGGGAUGAUGUCCAAGGCUUGUUUCCACUGACGCAGAAGUGUGUUGAUGACUGCUGUGAGAACAUCAUUGUCUCCAGCAUUGACAUGAAUUUAGUUUGCGAAGCAGUCAAUAACAAUAACCUCCGAGUGACAUCUGUCGUGUCUCAAGACCCUGGCAGAUAUUUAUGUGAUUUUACAUAUUUUCAAUCACUACAUAUUAACAAAAAUUGCACUGCCUUCAUCCAUGUGCCACCUCUGGACAAAUACCCUGCUGUGGAGCUAGCUAAAGGAUUACAGGCUGCAAUACAAGCCAUGUUGAAACAGUUGGGUCUUUAACAUAAAUCUAGAAAUCUAUUUACUUCAUUACCUGUAUUUGCCUGUUUCAAAUAUUUUCACUUGAUUGUACAAACAGAUUUUAAAUGUUCUUCAAAUUUGAAAUAAUUUGUCACAGGAGUCUCCUCUUGCUUCACUGUUGAUGUGUAUCCCAUGAAAUCCAAUCAGUUGUUGGUGGUGACUGAGAGGUUUAGCUGAAGGCAAAAACUAAUACAUGGGAAAAGGGGGGCUUUUUGUGGUUGGUUGGUUUUGUGAUUUGAUUUCCUUCACCAUCAUCUCCCGUUUGUUAUUCAGGAUGUUCUAGGGCUUGGAACUAUUCAAUACUUCCCUUUUAGAAACAUUUAUCCAUUUAUAUAAAGGAAUAUUUAUAGACUAAGACAAUCAAUAUUGUUUCUAAAAAUUAAUUCCAAAUCUAUAUAUAAGCACCAAAAAAAUCUUUGUGGGAGUUCCUAAAGUUAUAUAGCAGACAGUAGUUUCUAUUAACUUUUUACAAGGGUGUUAUCAGGUCAGCACAAUGCAAGUAUGUAACCUAUAUUUUAAAUGACAAAGUAGAUCUGGCUAGAACUGGACUGAAAUAUUUGCCAGAUGUCACAUUGAGGUAUUUGAGCCAAACUGGCUACGUUUCAGCCCCUAUGUUCUAAUAACAACUGUACGCAGGUAGAAAUAUUGAAACCCAUUUGACCACACUGAGUUAUACAUUAUAUACAUCAUUUGUUUACAAGAUGAGUCGUAUAAUGGUAAAAACUUAAGUGCCAAGCAUAAAGAUCCUUGACAAUGUUAGCCUUAUAUUUAUAUAGUCCUAUUCCCUUACCCAGCUGCAGAAGUAUAUCUUGUAGUCUAUGUCAUAUGUUUGUGCAUAUAAGUAUUAUGUAUUCUAAGUCAUAUGUUUAAGCAUUUAAGUUUUAUGUAGUCUAAAUCAUAUAUUUGUGCAUACAAGUUUUAUGCUGUUUUUUUUUUUUUUCAUAUCAAUAAGAUUUACUUAUACUAUCUAUUUGACCUUGAUGUUGAGAUUAUGUUUUGUCUAAAAUCUUGGUCUUGAGAUUAUGUCUGUCUGAAAUUUUUGUCUUGAGAUUGUCUAAAAUCUUGAUGAUGUUGAGAUUACUUUUCAAUCUUGGUUAAAAAAAACUAUGAUAAAAACCUUUACAAUAAAGGUGUUUGUAUUGCAGACUGUGUAUGCUUUAACUUUCAUUGUAAAUAAAAUUGAAUUAUUUAAAACUCCAUUCA